GCGCACCAGGUUGCCAGGGUAGAGUGCAACCUCUCGCGUCAGGGCGUGGAGGCCCUCGUUCGAAAGGCCAGAGCAAGGUGCACCGACGAGUGGGACAACAGCGGGAAGUACACCCACGUCAGGGACAGGUGGGGCAGCGACAUGACGAUGUUUGAGCUGCGGGUCAUCGCGGAGAGGUUGUACUGCGACGACGAUGAUGCGACGAUCACGCUGGUGGGCCCUGACGGCUGGACGUGCAAGAGGCAUUGGUCGGGUCAGUGCGGCGUCGGCUCGGUGGCCAGCAGGCAAAAGUCGCUGGAGACAGUUGGGUUGCUGUUGGGGCUGCGGGAGUCGCCAGACUUCGUGGAGGAAGAGAAGGGCGUCUACUCACUUCUUGACUGGGGGACGCUUCUGGCAGACGCUGGCAAGAAGGCGUGGGAGGCCGACGUGAAGAAGGAGAACAGGUGCAUCCAGCUCAUGGCCAGCACCGUGCUCAAGGGGUGCAAGAGGUACGCGAGAGCGACGCCCGACGACGUCCUGAACUUCCUCAUCGAGUACAAGAACGUGGUGAACGGCCAGGUGACAGAGAUCACCAUCAUCCAGAUCUGGGAGUCCACGCGCAACGUGGAACUCCGCUUCAAGCAGCGGGCCAAGCAGAUGGGUUGGGGAGAAAUGGCAUGGGACAAGCUGUUGGACUUGAAGUACGAGACGGCCGUGUCGUAUUAUCCUGGGAGGUGGGCGAACCCGACGAGCUACAAGGUGUCCUCCAGCUUCUACCGUUUGUCGCAGCUUCGCAUCAUCGAUGCCGAUUGGAGGGGCGAUCAUUUGGAGAAGGCCGAGCAGAUCAGCGUGUGGGAUGCCACGGUCAAGGUCGUGAACGGCGAGUGCGACUUGCAGCGCCCCGCAGCUCGCAAGACCGAGACGAUCUUCCAGUCAGUCAACGCGUGCUUCGUGGUCCUCAAGGCAGACUACCCUGAGCUCGUGUCCGAUUGCGUCCGGAUGGUGGUGCCGAUUCCACAGGAUGCCAAACCUCUUGGUCAGUACAAGGGGCUCAGCCCAGGAUUGCAGAACCCAGGGUUCAAGACGCAGAUCCGCGAGCCCAUGGUGAGGAGGCUCCUGCAGGACAUGUCCAACAGCGAAGCAUUCAAGCAGCUCGCGGACCCAGACUCCAAGCUGCACAAGGACCUGAAACUGAAGGAGGCCAAGGCGAUGUUGAAGGCAACCAAGGCGGCGGCUCGCGAGAAGGAGAAAGCUGAGAAGAAGAAGAAGUCUGAGGCGGCAAAGGCCGCGGCGAGUUUGGUGACUAAGUCGGGCCCACGCUGGAGGAGACAGAAGGGCGCAGCAAAAGAGAAGUCUGCCUCACGUCCAGCGUCGAGCCUGAAGGCUGCCGCGGCGACGAAGUUCCGCAAGCAGCAGCAGCAGAAGCUCAAGGCGCAGCAGCCGCAGAUCAAGGACGUGGAGGUCACAGAGGUACAGAACGGCAUGGAGACGUGGAAGUUCGUGGACUUCGCCAGGAGUUUGGUCGGCGAGAUCGAGCGGAUCAGCCCCGACUCGAAGGACUUGUGCCGCCAGGUGUGGGUCUUGGCGUUGUUCGGCGCGAUCGCGGGCUCCGUCCCCUUGUACGGCGCCAACGACAAGGUCGUGGACUGCGUGGAUUUCACGGCGUUCGCCAAGAGGGCGAAG